AGAGCUCGAUCUGACACAAGCUCUGAUGAUGCUAAUGUUCAUAAAGAAAUUGAUGAAUUGUAUACAGAAGCAAUGCAUAUGGAAAGUUAUGUAAUUUCAACAGAACAUCGAAGACCAAGAGCAAAUGAUAUUAGAAUUGAGGAGGCAGUUAGAAGAGCACAAUGA